GUUCAGAUCGUUUCCGAAUGGUAGGCUUAUUGGAACUUCAGGUGUGCAAAAUGUGCGGGAUUAAUUUAACGGAUUGUCUGAAGUGUGUGAUAAGGAUCUGUUAGAUGUGUUCUAGGUUAGAGAUCGGCGAAAGUAGCAAAUGGAAAUACCACCGAGACAGGCGAAAAGAUGCACGAUGAGGAGAAUACACGUGAAACGAUCGCGACUGGUAGUGAUAAGCAUGACUCAUCCUCGGAUGCCGGAGAAGAAGAAAGUGAUAACGCGCUCAUCUAUGUACCAACCAACCCGCUGGAAUGGACCGGCGAGCACGUCAGCUCCUGGGUCCGGUGGGUGUCGAAGAAAUUUAACAUUUUCCCUAACCUCGAGCCGGUGAGAUUCCCCAACAACGGAACCGAUCUGGUUCGGUUUACCAAAGCGGACUUCUGGGUGUGUGCCGGCAGCAAAGCCGGCGGUGAUACGCUGGCGAAACAUUUCGCACACUUGCUGCAGAGUGGAACCGGUAUCGAGGACAAGCUGCUGGGAAACAAUGUUGAUCCAGAACCAUAUCAAUUGUUGAAUGCGGCCUCUCAUCGAUUGGUGGCUCAAGGUGGGCAGAUCCAACUGUGGCAGUUUCUCCUCGAACUGCUUGCUGAUUCGUCCAACGAGCGUUUCAUCCACUGGGAAGGAACCAAUGGCGAGUUCAAGCUGAUCGAUCCGGAUGAGGUGGCCCGCCGGUGGGGUGAGCGGAAAGCGAAACCAAACAUGAACUACGACAAGCUGAGUCGGGCACUGAGGUACUAUUACGACAAAAACAUUAUGACCAAGGUACACGGAAAACGAUACGCGUAUAAAUUCGACUUCCACGGACUGAUGGCGGCCUGUCAGGCUCAGGCUCAGCUCAACGAGCCGAGCACCAGCGGUAUGAUCUCACCUAGUUACGAUAAAUACUCAUCGCACAGCGACCUGUACGGUAGCAUCCGCUCGGCCGCCACCUAUCCUCCCGAAAGCAGUCCGAAAAGUUUCGGAACCGCCGCCAGCCCGGGGUCGAUCUCAACGGCAUCCUCGUCCUCACCUACCUCGUUGACACCAGGGAGCGGAAAACCACCACCAGCAGUUCCCUAUUGGCCACCGUAUCCUUCCUACCCGCUUCCACCGGCGAUACCUCACACAACAGAAAUUCCUUCAGCUCACGUUCCUAAUACCAGUGCGGUACCAACGACAGCAGCGACGCUGUCAAUUUCAGCGCGAUCAAGUGACGAAUCGGCGUCCUACAAGUCGUACGGUCAGUAGGAGAGAUUAGGCUAUACCUGAUAGACGCUAACAGUUGAACGUAAAGACGUAAAAAUAACUAUUCAGUCAAUGAUUGUUUUAAGUUCAAAUCCCCAGUAAAUUAUAUGAUUAAGUAGGAGUCAUACUCGUUCACGUUCUUCGUACUCAUAAUAUUUGGCAGAUGACUUCGUAUCCAGAUAACUUUUCAGAAUUUUUAUUAAAAAUUUAGGCCCUUAUUCGCACAAGUAAAAAAAAAAGAUCCGAUAUUUUUAGGUCAACCUAGUUUAGAAGUUUAUAAUUACUUAUCGAUACAGUUCUCAUAUAGUGUAUGAAAGCUUAUUUAUAUUAGGUUGAAGUUGUGGAAUAUAUUGUUUUUCUUGAACUACUGAAGUAAGAUAUACGUAAGAGGUACAAUAAUUGUAGUAGUUACACAAAAAAUCAAUCAUGACGACUUAAGUAAUUUCAAAGGCAU